GUUGUGCGGCACGGCGUCGUCGGAGAGGCGCGGUUCCGCUCUAGAGCCGUGGGUGGUGAGCCGGCGGCUGCGCUUUCAGUCGUUGCUGGGUUUGAGAUGCGUGAGCGGUGUGUCGUGUCGUUGCGUCUGACUCCCGGGUGUGCGGCGCAGACAACGCUUUGGAGGGUCUACUUUAAUCAGCUCAAAAUGAAUUUGGCGGCAGACUUUCUGCGACGAAGAGAAGGAAUUUGGCUUCAGUUCUUCAAGCGAGGACCAAUCUUCGGGCGCAAGUCGGUCCGGCAUGACUUGCAAGAGAUUCAAGCAACGAGUGUCAGGAUGCACGAGUUUAUAGCCAACGGGGCCUGGUCAUUGACUCUUGCCCGGUCCAUGCUGGGAGGUUCAGCUUGGCCCUGCGCAUUCGUGGGUGCGUCCCGAUAUUGUCGUAUCCUGCCUGGCUUUUGACGGGUUGGAGAACAGGCGCAUCUAAUCUCCCAAUCCCAAACUUGUGAAAUAUGACCACAAGCCCCGGUUGCGUUUAGAACGGACCGUUAGGAGUGUAUGGGGCAAGUAUAUCUGUUUGCCCUUGCCAUAUUAACAUGACUUCGUCACGAAU